AUGGGAGGCAACGAGACGGAUAGGCUGGCACUGCUAGCCAUCAAAGCUCAAAUAAAGCAAGAUCCUCAUAAUGUAACGAGCUCCUGGAAUGAAUCCAUUCACUUUUGCUUCUGGCACGGUGUCUCCUGCAGUCGACGCCAUCGCCAGAGGGUCACGAGUCUAGACCUCCAAUCUCAAAAGCUGGCAGGGUCCCUAUCCCCACACAUAGGAAACCUAAGUUUCCUAAGGGCACUAAAGCUCCAAAACAACAGCUUUAGUCAUGAAAUCCCUCCACAAAUUGGGCAUUUGCAUAGAUUGCAGGUACUGUAUCUACACAACAACUCAUUUAGUGGCCCUAUUCCAUACAACAUAUCAUAUUGCUCCAACCUCAUCUUCAUGAAUUUCGGUUCCAACGGGUUGAUGGGUAAAAUUCCAUCUGAAUUUGGCUCCUUGUCGAAGCUUCAAAGAUUUUUUUUACAAUUUAAUAAUUUAACAGGAGAGAUCCCUCCUUCCUUGGGAAACCUUUCGUCUCUCGAGUUACUUGCUGCAUUACGAAAUAACUUGGUGGGAAGCCUCCCUACUUCUCUAGGCCAAUUAAAAAAAUUAAAAUAUUUGUCAUUUGGUGCAAACAAGUUAACUGGUACCAUUCCUCCCUCCAUCUAUAACCUCUCUGCUCUUGAUUUUUUUUCCUUAGUAGAAAACCGAAUUCGAGGGAGUCUUCCAUCAGACUUGGGAAACACUCUUCCUAAUCUCCAAUUCUUUAGCAUCGCUGCAAACCAAUUUUUUGGAUCCUUGCCACUCUCACUAUCGAAUGCCACGAAUCUACAUGUAAUUCAAGUUCAGUAUAACAAGCUAACGGGACAGGUGCCGGAUUUACGAAAGCUUCAUAAACUAUAUCGAUUCGCCAUCGGAGCUAAUCAUCUUGGAAGCGGUACAGAUGGUGACUUGAGUUUUCUCUCAGACUUGACCAAUGGCACAGAGUUAGAAUUCUUGGGUAUUGAGGCAAACAAUUUUGGUGGGACGUUGCCCGCAUCAAUAUCCAAUCUCUCAACCAAUCUUCAAACGUUUAGGUUUGACAGAAACCAAAUACAUGGAAGCAUCCCAACAGAAUUAGGGAAUUUGGUCAACUUGGAGUCGUUGUUAAUGGGGGGAAAUAGCUUGACGGGUAACAUUCCCACUGAAAUUCAGAAGAUGUCAAGCCUUGUGGAAUUAGAUAUUUCUAUGAAUGCAUUAUCAGGAAGCAUCCCGGCGUCUUUAGGAAAUUUAACCAAGUUAUACAGACUCUCCUUAGAAGGAAAUAAUCUUGAGGGCGUCAUCCCUUCAAGCCUGGGGAAUUGCCAGCAGCUGAUAUUUUUAAAUUUGGCCAGUAAUAAACUUAGUGGCGCAAUACCUCAACAAGUUAUCGGCCUCCAGUCCUUAUCACAGCUUUUGAACUUGUCCACGAACCACUUUACCGGUUCCCUUCCGACGGAGGUUGGGAAGUUGAAGAGUCUAGGUGUACUGGACGUUUCUAAUAACAUGUUAUCCGGAGAACUUCCUAGUAGCCUUGGUUCAUGUGAGAGUUUAGAAGUCUUACACUUGCAAGACAACUUCUUCAAUGGGUCUAUUCCCUCAUCUAUGAUUGGGCUAAAAGGCAUAGAAGAAUUAGACCUUUCUCGCAACAAUUUGUCGGGUGAAAUUCCAAAAUUCUUUGGGGGCUUUGUCUUCUUGAAGAAACUAGACCUAUCAUUCAAUGAAUUUUGGGGAGCGGUACCAAGUGGAGGAGGUGCUUUUAAAAAUGCAAGUGCGAUUUCAAUUACUGGCAACACCAAGCUCUGCGGGGGAAUUGCUGAUCUCCAACUACAAAAGUGCAAGUCCAGAAAAGGAGGAUUAUCACGUAGCUUCAAAUUAAUAAUCCCGUUAGUACUUUCCGGAGUUGCUCUUCUUGGAAUAGUUAUGGUGAUGUCCUAUUUCUUCCUCUGUUCGUCAAGAAGGAAAAGGAAAGAGAUUCCGUUGAGCACAUUGGCAAACAGUUUUUUGCAAGUGUCAUAUGCUACUCUCCUAAGAGCUACUGACGAGUUCUCUUCGGCUAAUUUGAUUGGUGCAGGCAGUUUUGGGUCUGUGUACAAAGGAAUUCUUGCUGAUAAUGAUAAACAUCAACUUGUUGCUGUGAAGGUGUUCAACUUGUUACGCCAUGGAGCGUCAAAGAGUUUCAUGGCCGAAUGUGAGGCUUUAAGAAACAUCAAGCAUCGAAAUCUUGUCGAGAUUAUAACUGCGUGUUCAAGUGUUGACUUUCAUGGUAAUGACUUCAAGGCUCUGGUUUACAAGUACAUGGAUAGAGGAAGCUUAGAGGAGUGGCUGCAUCCUCCUACUGAUUUUGAAGAUGUAAGAGAAGCGCCCGAGAGUUUAAAUCUAGAUCAAAGGCUAGAGAUUGCCAUUGAUGUUGCUUGUGCAUUGAAUUAUCUUCAUAAUCAUUGUGAAACACCGAUAGUUCAUUGUGAUCUCAAGCCAAGCAAUGUUCUUUUGGACAACGAGAUGACUGGACAUGUUUCUGACUUUGGACUCGCAAGAUUUCUCUCCCAAGAAACUGGUAUUAAUGUUUCCAACAGUCACACAAGUUCCAUUGGCAUAAAAGGAACGGUUGGUUAUGCUGCUCCAGAGUACGGUAUGGGAAGUGAGGUGUCAACAAAUGGAGAUGUCUACAGCUUUGGUAUUCUUCUGUUAGAGAUGUUCACAGGAAAGCGACCCACUGACGACAUGUUUAAUGGGGACCUAAACCUUCAUACUUAUGUUAAAAUGGCUUUCCCUAAUCGAGUUAUGGAGAUUGUAGAUUCAACACUUUUUGAAGGAGGCACAAACGAGAGAAGGGUUCAAAAGAUUGAG